CAUCAGUGUUGCCGUCAUGCGGUCCAUCAUCAGUGUUGCCGUCAUGCGGUCCAUCAUAUUUGGUUCCUUGUUCUGCCUCGUCGCUGCCAGAGUCCUCGUACAUCGGGACGAUGAAACUCGGGGUCAAAUGGACAAGAAGGAAACGCUGAAUCUUCUCGGCGUCAAUCCUGGGCACGGAAAGACCAUGGGGCUGUCACGGCCAGGGCGGACUGCGAAAAUUCUGCCCAAAGUGGCAAAACCUACAGCGACUGACACCGCACCUGCAGAUACCUUCACCGCACCCGCCCGCCGUACAACAACUGUAGACAUCCUCACAGCCUGUACAGCCAGUACACCUGUAGAUGUCCCUGAUAUCCUUCAGCAAUGUCCUGAUAAAACAUACACCACCACUACGACAGCCGCUACAACUACCACCACUACGCUCACCACUACGGCAGCCGCUAUAACUACCACCACUACGCCCACCACUACGCCCACCACCACGACAGCCGCUACAACUACCACCACUACGCCCACCACCACGACAGCCGCUACAACUACCACCACUACGCCCACCACCACGACA